CGGGCGCGGGCGACGGUUCCUCGUCCCGCUUGGGGCUCCGCGCCCUCCGCGCCCCCCGCGGCCCGGGGGCUCCUCAACAUGGAUUCCGUGCCUCCACCCCCAGAAGCUUCAGAUACGGAUCUAAGGAUCUGCCACAUAGAGUGCGUGCCUAAGGAGGUUUUAGUGAAGUUUCAGGGGCGACAUAAGCCCGAAUGCGAGUUCGACUACCACAUAUUGCAAAGCGAAAUCCAGCACGUCCCCAAAGUCAAAGGCAGUGUUGGUAUGGGUGAGUGGUGUUUGGUUGAAGAGAAGGAGUCGGGGGAUUGGCAUAGGGGAAGGGUAGUGGAAAAGAUUAAUGAGCUCUAUAAGGUGGUUCUCAUUGAUUGUGGAAAAGAGGUAAAAGUUAGCGGAGCGCAGCUGGCUUCUGCCAACGGUGACUUAUUUCACCUCCCCCCAAAGGUGGCUUUCGGCAUUUUGGCCAACAUCCUUCCAAUUGGGGAAAAAUGGUCCGCCAAGGCCGUCAAUUACUUCAGGUCACUGGUAGGGUUACAGGUGAAGGGGCACACGCAAGCCCUUUGGCCUCACCAACUAGUUCUUUUUGAAGUUCCCCAGAUCAGCGCCCACAUUCUUGAACUAAAAUUAGGGAGGCUGGUGGAUGGGGAUUCCUUCCGCCUUAUUGUCGAACUGAUAGAAAAUUUGCCUCGAGCUACCUGUUGCGAGCAGACGCCUGGUUCGUCGCAACGGAAACGUACGCCGCCUCCAGCUUCAAUUAGCAGUGACGAGGUUUUGCCCGAGUUCCGGCACAUUCUGGAUAACCUCUGGCCACGCUUGUCCGUCGGCACUGUAACGAGCGUGAAAGUGAUUUCUGCCCGAAGUCCGGCCAGGUUUCACUGUCAGUUGCUUCAGCGGCUACCAGAGCUGGAAACGCUGACCGCGGCCAUGACUUCCCAUUAUGAAGCAGCCAGGAGAGAAGGCAGUCCACCGUGCGAUACUUUCGGAGUUCUCUGUGCCGCAAAGAGAAGGAACGGGCAGUGGCAAAGAGGGAUCCUGCAGCAGCUCUUACCGAACGAUCAAGUGAAGAUCUGGUUCAUGGAUUUUGGUAACAGUGAGGCGGUGCCCUCGCGCUUCGUCAAGAAACUGAAACAGGAGUUCCUUUUAGCACCAUUGUUUUCCUUUCCGUGUUCCCUAUCCUGCUUCCGCAAUCCCGAUGAGAACACGGUACGUUUGCAGCUGACUAUAUUUAAGCAAGCCCUACUAGGACAGGUUGUGGCUCUUUGCAUCGAUCGGUUCAGUGACGACCGUUUGGGUUUCGUGACGUUGCACUGGCAAGACAUUUUGAGGCGGUCGAAGCAUCCACAGCGGGAAAAUCAGCGCGUAUCCCAAAGCUGCCCGGGAGCCGACGGGAAAACCACCCGUGCUGUGGGAGAUGGUGCACUGCGUGACCCAGAUAAGAUUCCCGUGGACAGAUUUAUUGGAAAUGCUUACUGGUCAAGACCCGAAAAAGGCAGCUUUUUUGAAUUUGGUCUCCAUUUUAAGACCGUAGAGAUGAAGAUAGGCUCUACUCACAUGGCUUUUGUAGAAUAUGUUUUGAAUCCGUCCAGUUUCUGGGUUCGGACUAAUAACCAUCAACAGGAGUUCCAAGAUUUAAUGAAUAAGAUUGCAGAGAUAUAUGACUGCCGUGGAAAUGAUGAGCUGCUGCUUGAAAAACCACAGCCCGGGUCAUGGUGCUGUGCUCGCUACAUCAAAGAUAUGCAUUUUUACAGAGCAGUGGUCACUGAAGUCACCGGUUGCAAGGUGAACGUUUAUUUUCUGGAUUUUGGAAAUACCGAGUCUGUGCCAUUUUACGAGGUGAAAACGUUGCUACCGGAGCUGUGUGAGUUACCUGCUCUGGCCUUGUGCUGUUCGCUGGCUCACGUAUUUCCCACCGAAGGCUUGUGGGUGAAAAGUGCAACGGACUUCUUUAAAGCUACUGUGUUCAACCGGACACUGUUGCUUAAAGUCCUCGCCAAGAAAAACGACAAGUACGUUGUCGAUGUGCAGUGCCUGGGGACUUCAGAGGAUGUCAGCACCAUCACACUUAUGGUGGAAGCUGGGUAUGCCGAAUAUUGGGGAAUAAAGUCAGAAUGUCCUCCAAAAUAUAAAAAUGAUUAUGCAAAAUCCAGGUUCGAGCCAGAACCCGGAAAAUGUUCGGUUAAACAAAGCAGAUCAACCACCUCGAACAGUACUAGUAAAAGCAUACAAUCCAUAGGUAGAAGGUGCAAUUCAGACGCGGCCAAAGAAAAUAACUUUCCCCUCUCAAAGUUCCCAGGUGGGCUUUCCUCAAGUGGGGUGGAUUAUUUUCCCAGAAAGUCCGGGCAAUUCUGGGGGGAAAUCAAGCCUUUAUAUCCUUAUAAAGAGUUUGGGUUCAAACCAGGAACAGUUAUCGACGUCAGAUGCUCUCAUUUCUAUUCCCCCGGAGACUUUUCGUGCCAGCUUCUGAGCCGGGUACCUGAGCUAAUGUUACUGAUGAAAAGAAUUCAGGGUUAUUAUAGUGUUCAUCGCGAUCCCUAUCAGGUCGGAGAGGUGGCCUGCGUUGCCAAGAGUGCUAAGGAUGGACUUUGGUACCGAGCAGCUGUUACGGCGCCAGUGACCGCAAAAGGGGUCGAUGUGGUGUUUGUUGACUGGGGGAACCGCGAAAGAGUUUUUUUGACUGACCUCUGUGCUAUGAAUCCAGAAUUUAUGGUUUUGGAGGGCCAGGCGUUCACCUGCAGUCUUAACCGAAUUGCACCCUUAAACUCAGAAUCGUUGAAAUGGACCAAAGAGGCGUGCGCAGACUUUGGUAAGUUCGUUUCUACUUGUACCGUCUUGACGUGUACCAUCAUUAGCUUACUUCGGGUGCAGCCGAGACACCUGUGUAACGUCGUGGAUUUGCAAACCCCAUUUGUUAACGUGCGAGAGUUUCUUAUAAGUCGCGGCCAUGCCGAGCAGAGUAUAUUUUCAGUUCCCCUUCCAUCACCGGGUAAUCUGUGCAGCUACUAUUUUUCUUCCUUUAAUAUCAAACUUGGAAGCGAGGAGGAAGUGUACCUAUCCCACAUCUGUAGUCCCCAGAAAUUUUACUGUCAGCUUAAAAGAAACAGCGGGAACUUAGAUGUGAUCGCCCAAAAGAUCGCAGAGCUCAGCGACCACCCAGGUAGACUGGAAUGUGACGGCAACAGCCCGCGACCGUGCAUCGCCAGGUAUUUUGCAGAUGGUCUUUUGUACCGAGCUGUAGCGACACCGAUAGACUCCUCUUACAUGCUGGUGAAUUUUGUGGACUUUGGAAAUGAGCAGGUAGUAGAACGGGACAAAUUGAUUCCUAUUUCAAGCGACUGCCUAGAGUUGCUGUUUACCCCUAUGCAAGCCAUCAAGUGCUACCUCACCAGUCUCGGCCAGGCGUGCAUUCCGGUGGAGCUCAACCUCUGGUUUUCGGAGCAUUUUCUGGGAAAGCCGCUCAAAGCGGUUGUGGUGGCAAAGGAUUCGGAUGGCCAGCUCGGCUUAGAACUCUUUGAUGGGCAUCAGCAUCUAAAUCAGAAAAUUAAGUCAGUGCUACGUUUCCUGGAGCGCAAGGGCUCCGAUCGGGCACUUCGCGGCUCUCAGUUGUUAACGUCAGGAAAACGUGACGAAAGAGAGGAUAUAAAAGAGGGGCAUAGACGAUGUAAGGUCAUUUAUUCAAAGAACAAAAUGUUCAACCGGUUGCCCGGUCAAGGGGGUCAGACUGACUUGCCCAGUGCUUUGACAAAUACAGUAGACCAAGCAAUAGGUCCCAAAGCGGGGUGCUUUCAACCCGGACGAGCAGGCUUGGAUAAAAGUAAGCCUGACUCAGGAAACCCAGUGAAUCGGCCAGAGGCUCAGUGGGGGCUAAGACAUAGGCAUCCGGAAAUUGAAUCCGAUCCUGCAGGAGAUCCCGGUGCAGAUGAGACUUGGGAAAAAUCUACUUGUGUUUUGAGAGAACAUCUUACAGCCGACAAGCACCAUCCAGUCCAGCCAAAAGCAAGAAGUGUCUUUUGUCCUAAAUACUCAGAUCUUCCUCAACCUAAUGUCAACCGAAAUACCAAAAUCGAAGGGUACGUUUCCGCCAUCAAUAGUCCGUUGAGCUUCUACAUCCAUCUCGCGGAAGAUGAGGCAUUGAUCCUCAAACUUGCCGAAGAACUAAAUGAUAAUGCGAUAGGUGCAGGGCAAGAGAAAAUUGUGGUCGGGCUUGUGGUGGGAGACCUUGUGGCAGCAGAAUACGCAGUUGAUAAUGCCUGGUAUAGAGCGGUCAUUAAUAAAGUUGUGACAGGGGAAUCCUUUGAAGUGGAAUUCAUUGACUACGGCAACAAGGCGAUUGUAAAUGUGUCCAAAAUCCACACGCUUCCGAGCAAGUUUUUGGGUAUUCCCAGGCUGAGUUUCCAUUCUGUCCUUAGUGGGGUAGAGGGUGGUGAGUUCAGUGAACUGUGCGGCAGCAAAACUUUGGCGUACUUUUCUGAAAAAGUGAACAACAGACUAGUCACCUGUGAAUUUCUGCAAGAGCACGCGCAAAAGUGGGAAGUCAAUAUUUUUUAUGAUGAGAAGUCUGUCAUUAAUGACCUCAGGAAGUGGAUAGCAGGCCCCGAACAGCAGAACGCAGCACUGAAAGGAGGGAGCCCGGUUACGGAGAGGAAACUGGGGGAAAGAUCAGAAACUUGUGAAGCUGCUCCAACCGUUAAACCCUCGCCUUCAAAAUGGGGUAAGAUUCCCAAUGAAGUGAUAAAGCCUGGACAGUUGGAGAUGGCCAAAGUUCUUCAGGUUUCAAAGUUAUGGGGAAACUUCUAUGUCAGAUUAACCAAAAAUGCCCAGGUAACAUCCGAUUUAACGUCGCUGGUGGCUGAAGAAGCAAAGAACAGCCGUCUGCUGGCGGUGGAAAAUAUCGAAGAAGGCCUGGAGUGUUUGGCAAAAUCUGAAGAAACGCUCAAGUGGUAUCGGGCGACAGUGAAAAACAGGAACUUCAGUAAAGAGAAAAUGCUUGUUUUUUUUAUUGACCGGGGUACCUAUGAAGUAGUGCCUUUGAAGGAUGCGAAGGAGCUCAGUAGUGAGGGUAGGGCCGUUCCAAGACAGGCUGUGCCUUGUAAAUGGGUUUGGUUGGCAAGUUCAGAAAAGGCAUUUGACCUGGUCGUAUUUGCUCACUUUGAAGUCAAAAUCCUUUUCCUCAGGUAUGUCGAGUCUGUCUGGGAAGUGGACAUUUUGGUUAACGAUACGUUACUUUUGGAAUACGUAAAUUUUAGUUCUCCAAAUGGAAAAAGCAAAUAUCGUUGUGCUGAGAACGCAGCUCCCGGGGAUUCCGAGAUACCCGUCACGUCAGUCAGCGGAAAUUCGGUUAAGUGGGCCGGGUUCCAAAGGGGCAGGCAAUAUCUAGGCUUUGUGACUGUUGUUUUUGAUCCAUCUGACUUUUGGAUUCAACUGGAAGACUCGUUUGACACCAUGAAAACGCUGUUUACGAUGCUGUCUGACUUAUCCCCAAAUCUACCGACUCUGCCUCGGGACCUCAUAGUUACUGGUUCUAGUGGCUUGGUCAGAUUUGGCUGUUUCGAUCAUUGGAAUAGGGUAGAAAUUUCUGAAGUGUCAGAUAAGUCUGUGGAACUCCUAUUUAUCGACUAUGGAUUUUUUGCCUGCAUUCCUCACUCCGAUCUGGCUCACCUUAAAGUUGUGCCCAGGGAGCUGAGGUGUUUACCGCGAUUAACUUAUCCUUGUGUCUUAUACGGUGUGGUACCUGCCAAGGGUGAAUAUUGGAGCAAAGAAGCCAAAGCGCUCUUUCAGGAUCUUCUAAGUAAACCAAACCUGACUUUCCAGAUGAGGGGAUAUAGUUUAGGAAUGAAACUGCAAGUAGAUGUUACACAUGAGCAAAGCAAUGUAGCCGAGAGAUUAGUUGUGGCUGGUCAUGCGGUUUAUUCCGCAGAUUUUGGGGUUGGCCAUCGGCCUUCUGAAGUGCCUCACAAUCCAAAGGCUAAAGCAUUUAGUCAGUCAGUUAAGGGAAAGUACAGUCCUGAUGAAAACGGACUCUUGCCGUGCUCUGAGAAGGACCCUCCGCAGCAGGAGAUUUUAAAAAUCCGACAGAAAGACGUCUGGGAGAGCUGCACUAGUAAACGAUUGCUUUUCGGGAACAUAACCGCACAGAAGAAAACUCGGUAUAGAAAACACAAGUCCAGAAGCAACUUUAAGGUGGUGUCGUAUGAAGGAGCUAGAAGUUUGGAGCCCUGCAGUGAUUCAAAGUGUGAAAUAAGUAGCCACGAGAACUCCAUGGGAAACCUCCCAUCCAGAGAACAUUGGAAGGCAUUUAAUGUGAUCGACUUCAAGACCGAAACGACAGCGUUCAAUAUCGAUGAAGAAACGACAUCGAAAGAAUGGACCGAGGGUACCUACAGAUUUGAGACCCUUUCCUAACACAUGCAGGUGGCUGCACUUAUCCUAGGACACCAGUAUCAGGUUGGAACAGCUUUCUACGGUUCGAGAGAAUACGGAAAAAUCUCACUUAAUUGGACUGUAACUGUUGAAUUACCAUCGCUUUAUAUAGCACGUUACCUAGUGAUGUUGGAUUGAAAAUCAUUUUGGUUAAAGUUUAUAUAAAAAUAAAGCUGAAACUUCUCCAGAUCAUUUGAAGUAAACAGUUUUGAAGUAACAGUUUGUAUCAUACCAGUUCCUAACUUAGUGUUUUGUAAUCCCUUGCUUGAGGAGUAUUUUAUUAUUAUUCACCAAACAUUCAUUACAGUAUUUUGACAGUUACAGAAAUAGACAGCGCAUAUAUUUAAUAUCAAUACUAUCGAAGAAAAAUCUUGUGGAGGCUAUAUUUCGAUACAUUCCUUUCCCUGGACUCAGGAUAAGAUGCAUUUUUUAAAUAAAAUUGUACAAUGUUUUAAGAUGUGCUUCGAAGGCUAGAUUCACAAGAAAGUUGGACGUGUUUUUUCCUAAGUGGCAGGACAGUAACUGGACUUGAAAACUGAUCAAUCUCAGGCAGGUAACGACUAUGUCGGUAAGCAGACAAAUCCGUAUAAAUGUUUAAAUGCGACUUGAGGGCAUCAUGGACCACUUUAAGUGAUAUGUUGUUGUUUGGUGUAGCGCUGGGGUCCCUGGAUUUUGUAGGCAUGUUAGAAAUAUGGAACUUUGCACUGCAUAAAUGUAUCCAGUAGUAAACUCCAAGCUACUGAAACAUUGUAAAAUUGACAACUGUUAUUGAAGAUAUCAUUCCCCAGAUAGGUUUUUGUGCAGAAUACCAUAUGUCACGUAUCGGUAAUAUUAUUACACCUUCUGGCGAAUAUCGUGGCAGAAUACGCGGCCCUUUUCCCGUGUGAAAUAUUUGCACAUUUCUGGCACACAUGCAUACCCGCACAUACAAACACAAACAGCACUGCCGCACAUAGAAUCAGUCGGUGGUAUUUAUUGAGUGCUUAUUUUGUACAGAGCACUGUACUAACUGCUUGACAUUGUAGCUAGACUUAUCAGUUACAUAUAAUUCCCUAAUCAAAUGUGCACAAUUUUUCCCUGUUAAUAAUUGGUUUUGAUGACAUCGGUUUUUCUCCUUAUGCAACGAACUCUUGCCCGUUUUGAAAUGUUUCACUUUAUUCGUAUUAUUACCGUAAGUAACAUAGUACAUGCUAGAAUAGGUUUUGUAAACUAAAAUCCACACCUUUUUUCUUUGGAAACAACUUGAUUGCUCUGAUAAAUGCUUUAACUACAUUGUUUUUUGUAACCAA